GCGCUCGCCUUUCUACAUCCGGAAGCGAAAGGACUUACUCAGUCAAGUCAAACCCAAGUGAGAGAGGCUCGUAACAAAGUGCUCAAGUCACUUUACGCUUUCAUUUUGGAGCAUAAUCGCGAAGAAGCACCCACUAGGUAUGGGAACAUCUUGCUGUUGGCGCCUGCUCUCAAGGCACUGACACAGCUACUGAUCGAGAACAUGACACUCACGAAAUUCUUUGGACUGGCAGAGGUCGACUCUCUGCUAUCGGAGUUCAUCCUUGACGACGUGAACAAUCAAAGUGCGGCACCAGACAGCCUACAAGCGCAUUUGUCGUCACCAGCUUCUUUAUCGAAUAGCAUUGCUUCACCCGUCGUGGCGGGAAUUUCUCCAAUGGAUGGUAAUGUGGUGGUGAGCUCGGAUGCAUCCGGUAGUAGCACUGUGAUGACAAUAUUAUGA